AUGGCCGAUAACGUUGAAAGACAGAAAUCCACGAGAUGGGUUAAAUCGGUUCCAACUUAUGGAGAUUGGGGAGAUGAUGAAUAUGGCUAUGGCUAUGAAGAAGACGAAUAUGAUACUAAUGAUGAUGGUAGUUAUCAACAACAACCACAACCUAAUCAGAAGGAAGAUCAUCUUGAAAUUGGCCAUAGUAAACUUCCCCCACUACCACUGAAUUUGCGAGACGAAUAUUUGAGUCACCAACAGGAGCAACAGCAACAACACGAAAAGAGCAAAUCGCCUGAACAGGAACACAAUGUGGAACCUGAUUUUCAGCAUGAAGCAGCACCAACCAAAAAAGAGGAACCAACCAAUGCAUCUGAAAAUGACUUCAUUUUGUCAGUUGAUAGAAUGAAAGAGGUCGAUUCUGAUAGCAGCGAAGAAGACGACGACGAGGAAGAGAAGGAUGAAGUAGCUCAUACCGACACCGGACCUGAAGUUAUUGAUGAUUCACACCUUUCCCUUCAGAACAGUGAGUAUUCGCUGUCCAACAAGAAUUUUUCUUCUUCACAAAUUGCUAGCGGUUACGACUCUGGACAGAGGUCACGCUCUCAUUUGGAUAGUCAAUCGUUCCACUUUGAUCCAUCUCCAGCAUUACCUGGUUCAAACUCGCGUGCGGGGUCCAAACUGCCAUUGAAGAUUGAUGUUGGUCAACCCCCAAAAGACAUCGCUGCACCUCCAGACACUCCGAUAUCUGAAUAUAGUUUCCAAUCAGACUAUUCAUAUCUGAAAGAACCAGUUGAGUUAUCAGUUAAAGGUAAAAGUGGUGCUGGACAUCCACAUUCCGAGGAUGAAACCAAAUCAAGCCCAUUACAUGAAGAAGAAUCCAACUCUUCAAACCCUCCAAUUGAUCAGUUUGUCCUUUCGGUUGAUAAAAAAGGUUUCAACCAAUUGAAUGGAGAUGAAGAUGAAGACGAUGAUGAUGAUGAUGAUGAUUGGGGAUAUCACAGCCAGGCCAGUAGUAAUGACGAGAUGAAUACUAGUGAAAUCGAAGCUUUAAACAUAAACAAAGCACCCAAACCUGCUACAACAGAAUCAUUCCCUGAUCAAUCAGAUGUUAAACCUGAAACUAUAGACAAUUUAAUUAAUGAUUUAGCAAGUGGAUCUAUUGGUGAAAUGGAUGGAGACAGUGGUAAUCAGGAAGUAUCUCCAGAAGAAGAAUCAUUCAGUUAUAGCACCUACGCCAAUAUUCUUGAUUUGAAUGCGGAAGACGAUGAGGAAUUGCCUUCUCCGGUUGAACCUUUAUGGGUCCAAAGACAAAAAGAGGCACAUGAUCAAUACUUGAGUGAAUUCUCAGGUAGGAAGGCUUCAGUAAGAAAAGCCCCUUCCUCAGGUCUAAAUGACAACAAGGAUUUAAUGCGUGUUGAGACAGGUAAAGAGAUAGAAAAGCAACCAAAUGAAUCUGGCAACUAUGUGACCCCAACUAGUGCAUAUCCUGAUAGUGCUGUCAGUAAGGAAGCUGAUUUAUAUGGAUUAACUACUGAUUCUUUGAGCAAGCUACCUGAACAAACUUCUGGAAAGCGAGCAGAGGAUGAUACUAAUAGCUUGGAACAAGAAUAUCUGGAGGAUGAAACAACUCCGGACCAUUUGAAUAUUGCUCCACCUCAAUUAGAACCAGUUGCGUCAACAGGAUCAUUAUCUACUGGCAAACUUUCAGCAGUUGAUGAUAUUAGGAGUCAUAAAGAAGAUAUUGAGGAGGAUGAUAAGAACCUUUUCAUGAAACCCAGAGCCCCAAAUGCGGAAGGCAUUGACAAGAGAGUUUCUACAGUGAGUAAUGCUAGUUUUAAUCUUGGAGGAUGGGCUCCAAACACUGACAAUUUCCGUAAUCAAUUCAUUAGUGAGAAUGAUAAUGAAUCUACAGUUAAUUAUAGUCCGGAUGAUUUUCUGUUUACAAAAGGUGAAACCCCUAGUAGUUUGAAUGAAGAAAUACAUAAUAGAAGUACUGAUUCUAUUCCUGAAACUGUGGAUGUUGCAUUACCUAGCAUACAUGAAGGGCCAGAUUUAGAUGAGGAUGAUGAUAAUGAGAAUAGGAUUGGUAAAUAUUCCGGUCCAACUAAUGAUGUCCAAUCUCUUACUAAAACCAUUCAAACUUCAGCCACUAUUGAUUCGGUGUUUAAAGAUCAUAAAUACACUAGUCCAUUAUUUAAAGAAGAUAUGUCAACUCCAUCAGCUUCGAGAGAAAAUUUGAACCAAAAAUAUACAAGUUUAUUAGGUCCCGAAAGUGCUCAAGUUGAUGAAAGGCAGAAUGAUGAAAGCUCUGUAGGAACUAGUGUCAAGCGUUUAUCAUCCCUAUCGGCGGGUUCAACGGAAUUAUCACCUGGAGAUAAGAACUUUGUUCCAGAUAAAUACCCCGUAUCUGACUGGAAGAGUAUUGUGACCAUUUCUCAACCAAUUGAUAGAAUUGCCGCGUUUAAAUCAGCACUUAUCAGAGAAGCAGAAUAUGAUACUGGAUUACAAAAUUGGUUACAUAUUACAUUAAAACUGGCUCCUGAUACAAAUAAGAAUAUUCAUAUUGGUAAGAUUGCAACCGAGGCUUACCUGAAUGCACAACAUAGUGAAUUAAGAAGACAUGGAACUCUUUUAAGUAAAGUUUCGAUUGUUAAAGAUACUGGGGCUCAUGCUUCUAGUUUUGGGAAGAAACUUUUCAGUAGAAGUAAGAAAUUUAUUAAAUCUUCAUCACAUGGGGAUUCAAAGUAG